CCUGUCAUUACCAUUUGCUUCUCCAUGUAAAAUAUUACGAGUACGAAAGAAAAUGAAUUUAAAUAUCUCGAAUUUAGCUAAUUUUAUAUUGAAAUCUCACUCGGUCCCUGGAUUUGGGUAUCAACAGGUAAGAAAUAAAUGGGCCAAUUGGCUCAUGAUACGUGAUGUGAAACGUCGCCGAAUGAGUGCUGAUAAUUACUUGGAGAGGACCAGGAUCAAUGCAUUGAGGAAAAAUGAUGUGUUACCAGUUGAAAUAAGGGAACUAGCUGAUAAGGAUAUUAAUAAAUUUGAAAUGAAUGCCAUACCACUGAGAAUAAACAAUAGAUGUGUUGUAACAUCUAGGCCACGCGGUAUAGUCAAGGAGUGGAGGAUGAGCCGUAUAGUUUGGCGACAUCUUGCUGACUACAACAAACUUUCCGGAGUACAGAGAGCUAUGUGGGGAUAGACAAUUUUAUUAAUUACUUAUAUUUGUAUUAUAGUUAGAACUCGUAAUUAAACUUCAGAAUUGUGU